AUGAGCGAAGAGGAUCUCAAUUACGACAGAAUGGAAGAUCAUGAAAGAGAUGAAGAACCAAGAAGGGAUCGUGAUCGGUCUCCUGCAUAUGAGCCAGAGCAUAGUGAUAAUGGAGCCAAAAGUGCUGGUAGCACUGGAGGUAAGAAAUCCAACCCAGUUGACCACCAGGGGUUGAAAAGCCAGGACGAUAUUGAACCGCAGGAGGAGGUCACAUAUGAAGUAGUUGAGGAACCUGCUUUCAACAGGACACGUGCUUUGUUUAUUGGGAACUUAAGAAGACCCAUCAACGCACACGAAUUUCAGUUGUUCUUGAAGGAUUUGAUCAAGCAGGCGGAUGGUGAAUAUUAUGUGGAAAGAGCGUGGUUGAACAGAACAAGAACCCAUGGAAUUGUUUUAGUUGAUAAGGAAGAGGGGUCCGAGUUCCUUCGUUCCCGUUUGAACGCAUCUAUCUACCCUUCAGAGGAAGAUGAUUUAAAGCUUAAAGAAGAAUAUGAACGAGUGGAGCAAGAGAGAUAUACUGAGGAAUUGGAACGUUAUGAAAGGAAAAGGAAGGAAGUUGAGGCUGAACUUGAAAAUAAGGCAGCUACAGAAGCUCCGAAAGAGACGGAUACGGACGACACUGCCCUUGAAACAAGUGCUGAAGUGGAAGGUGAUAUGGAAAUUGAACAUGAGGCUGAGCCCAAAGAAGAACCCAAGGUUGAACUUGCGGCUCCAAGACCACCACAACCUUUCCAACCGCUCCGUCAACCCUUAUAUGUUGAUUAUAUCCCUGUGAAGGCAAUCAAUCAGUGGAUUUUUGAAGAAGACCGUGGCCCUAGGAACGGGAAGUGGAAAAUUAUAUAUGAACAAAAUGGUGAAGGCGGAAUUUUGGCAACUCACAUAUUGCUAAACGGAGACUUUGUUCCAAGAUAUAACGCAAACAGACGUGGAGGAAGAGGUGGACCUAGGGGAGGUCAAAGAGGUAGAGGCAGUGGUGGAAGAUAUCCUGGAAGAUACUCCGGCUCUGUCCCAAGAAGAGGCGGCGGUGGAUACUACGACGCGCCCCCACAAUACGAUUCGUACCGCGGAGGUGAUUCCUAUCGCGGAAGUGAAUCUUAUCGUGGCGGUGAUUCGUAUCGCGGAGGUGAUUCUUAUCGUGGCGGUGAUUCGUAUCGCGGAGGUGAUUCUUAUCGUGGCGGUGAUUCAUACCGUGGCGGUGAUUCAUACCGUAGAGGGAGCAGAGACAGAAAUUCGUAUGGAGAUCGUUACCCUUCAUCCUACAAUUCUUACAGAGGUGACGAGUACGGUGCCCCUCCACCAGCUCCAAGAGGUAUUAACAGCAGCGGUGGAGGAGGAGGAGGUAGGAGCAAGUACAGACAUGAUAGAAACGAUAGAGACUCCUAUGUACCUGGCCAGAGGUCUUCAUCUGGGCCGCUGCAUGGUGGUGACAGUUAUGUCCCAGGUAGCAGGGACGAACACCAAUACAGAGACAGAUCUAGAUCACCUUCGAGGCAAAGAUCUCCAGAUUUCUAA